GUCUCAUUCCAGAGAGGCGGAGACAGAGACAGCAGCAGGAUAGAGGAGCGGCACCAGCAGAGGCGCAGAGCAGAGGCGGAGAAGGCGGCUGUGGCCAGAGGAGGGUGCAGGCAGGAGAAGGAAGAGGAAGACGAAGCGAGGGUCUGAGGAUGCCGUGCCUGAACGUGUCGACGAACGUCAACCUGGAGGGUGUGGACACCUCCGCCAUCCUCGCCGAAGCCUCCAAGGUCGUCGCCGACAUCAUCGGCAAGCCAGAGGCCUACGUGAUGGUUGUUCUCAAAGGUUCAGUGCCUAUGGCAUUUGGAGGCACCCAGGAGCCUGCAGCUUAUGGUGAGCUGGUUUCCAUUGGAGGGCUGAACCCUGGUGUCAACAAGAAGCUGAGUGCUGGCGUUGCUUCUAUUCUGGAAUCAAAGCUGUCCAUUCCCAAGUCCCGCUUUUACCUCAAGUUCCAUGAUUCAAAGGGCUCAGACUUUGGUUGGAAUGGCUCCACCUUCUAGAUUUGAGGUCCAUGGGUGUGGCUCCAGUGAAGGAAAAUCGUGUUCCCUAAUGUCUUGUCCAUUGCAUAAUGGCCUAAUAAGGACACUGUUGUAAGAUAUUAGUUAAUUUGUGCUGAACUGAAGUGAAAACUGUCAUGUGGGACUGGGGCACAGACUUGUUCAAUGCAACAUAGCAUAUUCGUGCUGUGCUGUGUUGGCUUGCACAAAUUUGGUUAUCUUGGUUGGUCCUUUGGGUUUGGUAUGGUAAGCUUGAAAUGAUUGUGUCUA